AUGCCUACAGAACUGGAGGAGCUCGUUGAAUUUUUACACCAUGGCAACACUCAAAUAAGACAAAUCGCGUGCGAAAACCUCGUUGGCUUCUCAACUGCACAACCCGACCUCUUCAAACGCCAUCAGCUUUUACCGGUGCGAGACUUGAAGCUCCUGGCUCGCGAUUAUACUCCCAUCGCCAAAAAUGCAUUGACCAUUUUGAUCAAUCUCUCAGCUGACGAAGAAGUGUUGGACCAUCUUGUCAAAGAUGACGCGUUCAUUGAGACUCUUCUUACAAAAUUGACGAAUGUCAAGGAGCCCAAUGCGGAUGAAGUUUCAAUGCUCCUCGCUAACCUUACUAAAUCGGACGAUUUGAAGAAGAUCAUCACCCUGAAACGGAAAAAGCCUGACCUAGUAUCUACUUCAUCCAACGCUAUCGACCAGUUGAUGGAUUGUUUUGUCAAAGGUGCCGAGGGCUCUUUAAAUAAGUCUGCUAACUAUGACUAUCUCUCCUACUUUUUCGCGGACCUUUCGAAAACUGAGGAAGGACGAGCAUAUUUUACUACACGGCAGGAGUAUGACGGUGUCGUGCCUGUGACGAAACUUACGGUUUUCACGGAGCAUAAAUCUACAAUUCGAAGAAGGGGUGUUGCAUCAACCAUUAAGAAUGUCGCCUUUGAUAUCCCAUUUCACCCCACACUCUUUUCCGAGGACGAAGCGAACCUUCUUCCUUACAUUCUCUUGCCGCUCAUGGGCCCCGAGGAAUUUCCCGAGGAAGAGUCCAUGGAAAUGCUACCGGAUCUUCAACUGUUGCCCCCGGACAAGCAGAGAGAUAGUGACAACAGCAUUAUCACGACACAUCUCGAGACGUUAUUGUUGUUGACCACCACGCGGGAAGGUCGGGACAAGAUGAGAGAAAUCAAGGUGUAUCCGAUCAUCAGAGAAUGUCACCUUCAUGUCGAUGAUGAGGGUGUCCGUGAAACUUGCGAUAGGUUGGUUCAGGUUUUGAUGAGAGGUGAAGAGGGUGAAGAGAAUCCCGACCUUGCGCAAAGUGAGGCGGCACAAAAGCAAGAUGAAGAUGAAAAAGUCGUGGAAUUAUUUUAA